GCUAUGCUCCAUUACUGCAGCCCUGGCCCACGAAUUGAACUAAAGAGUAUUCAAGUUUUGCCAUUGUGAUCGACAUCAUCGACAAUUUUUGGUUGUAUUUCCUAUCUGAUUUCAAAUUGGGAGAGUGGAUUGCCGAAAUAUGGGGACUCGUCGUUUUGCUCUUUGGCGUGUUUUCGUUUACAAUAACAAUUUGUAUUCGUUGCCGGGUGGCCAAGCUCCCAGCUAUCGAGAUUGGAGGCCCUGUGUUUACAGGUGCCAUUCAGACGAACUGCAAAGGGUUAUGAGUUGGGUGAAUCGAGAUAUUCCCGUGCUGAUAGGCACCAACAAAGGGGACAUUGUGACUGUCUACGACCUAAUACUCAGUCUUUUGCCACGCAUUAGCCUGAAGAGCUAUCAGUUCAAGGCCGCCUUGGCCUCCUACUUGGGGGUGAAGACAAAUCAGUUUAUCCACGAGCUGAUCAAUUUUGCACGCUCGCCCUACGACGAUCUGAUUUCGUACGAGCUAAAUGUGCACUACUACUGUCACUACUGCGACGAUGCGGAUGAGGAGCCUUCGUCAUCGGCUGCUGCCCAGAACAGGAAAAUGGCUAUUCAAGGCUUGCACAAUUUCGUUGAGUUUGCGCGUAGUGUCAACGACGACGAAUGCAGUGGCUACGAUCUGGAGCUGGAAUUCGAGGACGAGGACGAGGGUGAAGAUGAUGCGCUGGACGCUUUAUCCGCGAUAGAGGAGAGCCAAAAGUUUGAGGUUCUUCCCGUAUAUAGUGUGGAGCGAAGACGUCCACAGGCAGCAGCUGUAAGCACUGGCGGUCGUGGCUAUAUCAAUGGCCCGGAUAUGGGUGGUUUUGAACUUGAACUGGCCAUUGAGCGCAGCAUUUUGGGUGAAGCCGACUAUUCCACAUCAGAACCCCAGUCCGCUCGGACGUUCUUGGUCCCCACUGGUGCUGCCCCCUCCAGCGUUGGGCGAUCUGCCCGCACCAUGACUGUGUCCGGGCUUAAUACCGCUACAGACUCGACUGUGGCUGCCAUAGUGGGCCCUUCCUCUUUUCGCAAUCAGGUCGCCGAUGGUCGCGCCUCUGAAGGCCGGAUUAAGAGGCGACGCAUGGACUUAAACGCUGGGAACCACCCUUAA